UGCAAAGUUUACAUCCGGAACGAUUGGUCACAACAAUAACAACCACCACCACCAUGGCAGCAGCUGGCGCUGACAUUAAGCCCCUUCAGCAUGCCAUGAAAAUAGCUAAAGUGGCUAUACAAUUGGACGCAGGGAACCGACAUAAGGAAGCUUACUGUGAAUACUUGAGGAGUAUCAACUUCAUCACCCACUCACUUUUGGAGGAUGCUGUAUCUAGGCAGGGAGAGAUAGUAGAGGUGGAAAAGAUGUUGAGGCUGGCUGAGCAGUGUUUGGAGAGAGCCAAGUCCUCCUUCAUAGGAAGGAGAGAUGAACCUGCAACCCCUAUUUCCUACACGACGCCUAUCAACUUGGCAGCACUCAGCCUGACCACAGCCUUAGCAGUAAGCCCUGGAAAGAUUGUUUCACCACAACCACAAGAGCCGGUUAUUUACUCGGGGCCUAAACAUAACCCCAGGCCUGGACAGAGAGAACCUGGACAGCGCAAAGUUCUCUCUGAGGGUGGAGGGGAGGUCAUCACCUUCCUGUCCCCAGAAAUCUUCCAGAGUUUGCAGAUAGUGGAGUCGCAGGAUACCAGGAAGGAGCUUACACCCAUAGAGGAGGCCUCGCGGUUGAACCAGAAGUUGAAAGAAAAUUAUGAAGCUCGUCUGGCCCGACUCCCCCCUGCACAGGCCCGUACACAGAAGACUUCCCUGACACUCUCUCUUCAGAGGCAGAUGAUGGAGAACCUAAUCAUUGCCAAGGCCAGGCAAGAUGCUCUACAAAGGAAGAUGGAGGAGAGGAGACUGCGGCUGCAGGAGGAGGCCAACAGGAGAUUUGCCGCAUCUGGAACAAUUACUGCAGAAGAACAGGAGCAACGUGUUUUGUACACAAAUGUUUUGGAAUAUGAACAAGAUCAUGACUGGCCCAAGCUAUGGAAAGCCAACAUUAGGAAAAAUCCUGAUGAUCCCACAUUGGUGUCCGGCCUUGUUUCAUGUCUUCUCAGCUGUCCAGACCACCCUGUGAUGAUGCUACUGAAAAGGCUCCAGUACAGAGUUUACAACAGGCUCUACCCAAUCGUGAGUAAGAAUCACCCUACAAGUCCUGCCCUGCCCAUGAAACCCUCCCACAGCGCCCAGAGCCUGUUGAUGUCAGGCUCUCAUCAGAACGUGUCAAAAUCCAAAGUGGGUCACAGUAUGUCCUCCGAUGCCUCUCUCAAUAUCUCCUUCUCCCAUGACCAUAUUGCUAACGAGGAGGAUAGUGAUGGGCCCCAUACACUGGACAGGGAGAAUUCGUUUGAGGAUCUAGAGAAGUUUCUGACGCAGCUGGACUGGGCUCCAUCACAUGGGGACUCUGACGUGACCUUUGAACAGUCACAGUUGGAUCAGGAGGAGCCUCUCGUUCAAGACUUGGAGAUGCGUGAUCUCAAAGAACACCUCAAGGCUAUUGUGAAGGACAUCCAUAUUGCCAUUGAUCAACUGCUGUCGCUAUGUCUUCUCUCUUUUGAGUGUCUGAACACAGCCAGUUCUAAGGACCUGUGUGUGGCCAGCAUAGAAGAAGCCUUCUUCACUCCCCUCUGGAGCUCUUUGUUGGCUCUCUUCAGGAAGGUCCACAGAGAGAGGGAGCUGUCCUUUGAGUCCAGUAUGAGGCUGUAUCGGGAUGCCUCACCUGGUGAUGUUGGUGUCGCAUCGAAACUGUACCCCCAGGACCCUGUCAUGCUGCAUGGUUCCUACCCCUAUGACUCGGCAGUGCAAGAACUUCGCUUGCUGUGCAGCGAUUGCUGUCCCCAGAGAAAGCUGGAGUGCAUUGUUCGAACGUUGCGUCUGAUCUGUGCUUGUGCUGAGGACUACUCCUGCCUUCAUGAGGCAGAAUCCAAAACAGCAGCCAUUGGGGCAGAUGACUUGUUGCCCAUCCUCUCCUAUGUGGCUCUGCACUGUGAGCUGCCUCAGUUGGUGUCAGAGUGUGCUGCCCUGGAGGAGUUCAUUCAUGAAGGUCUCACUGGAGGAAAGGAGAGCGCAGGGACAGUGAGGCGGACCCUCUGUUGCUUUCUCCCUCUGCUGACACUGACCAUCAGAUGCAGGUAUCUGAUUGGAGAGGAGGGCUACUGCUUGACCUCCAUGCAAAGUGCUCUGCAAUAUGUGGAGUCAUUGCACACAGGAGGAUUUCAGCUACACAACACUAAAUUUACCUGAUACAGCUGGAAUAACAGAUUCGGUUUAAACGUCAGUCCGACCACCUCCCGAUUCAUGCAUCCAAAAUUGGAACAGUCCAUCGUCGCCAUGGAUUGUCAUGAUUUGUGGUUUCUCUGUUUCCUUUGUCAUUGAGUGGCAAAUCAAUGUUUUACUGAAUUUAAUCUUAUUUUAUUGGAAUUUGGGUAUUUAGUUCAUCUCCUAUUGAUCUGAAAUGAUUCUGUAUAACCACACACAUGGGUUCGGUACUACACUUCAACAUAACAUGGUGGUGCAGGCUAGUGCUGCAGUCCGAUUCUCUAACCUUCUCUCAAGUGUGCACUCGUUCAACCCUCAUGGAUAUCAAGGAUUGAUGUAAAAGGGAAACUCCCUAACUCAUGCUUAUGCUCAUCCAAUGUUUUUAACUCCAUGAGGAGGUGUGAACAAGUGUACACUUUGGUUAGAGGAGUAAAGGAUCGGAAUGCAACCUAGGAGCAAGUGAAUAGCAUCUUUUCUACACCAAAGAACAGUUCUUUGAUUGGAAGAGUGUCCUUUAAAUGUGGUAGCGAGACACAUUGUAGCUCUCACUAGUCUAUAGCAGGUGUACUGAAAUAAUAUUAUAAUAUAGAAAUAUUAUUAAUAUAAAUAAUAUUAUUUUACACAAACUUCCUAGGUGGCAGAGGUCUGGAUGGAUAUUGUAAUUUACCUUGCAAUCCAUUCGACCCCAAACUGUUCACUCCUUGUUGGCAGAGAGAGAAAUGUGCAGUUUUAGAGCUAAUUUCCUGCAAUUCUACAGAUUUUACAUGUCUGUUUGUUCAUAUGAUACCAGGAGUUGAAUCCCAACUGAAUAUUUUUAAGUCUGGACGCACAGUCUGUAUUGAACCCGUUCUGGGUCCAGAUCCGGCCUGCAGACUACCUUUUAGUAUGGCUGGUGUAUAGGGUGUUGUGUACCAAUGAAUUGAGCGCUUGUUGUUUGCUAUUUCAGGCUGCUGCUUUGAAAUGGAAGCCAGUAUUCCCUGUGUUGCAGUGCUCUGAAGUGGCAGUGCCUGUUAGCUGCAGACUGGACUACGGUUCAACUUAAUUCAGUCUUCUGAGCAAGAAAUGACUUUGGCUGUCAAAUUAAUGUUCUUAUUUAAUUUAUGCAACAAUGGUUCUGAUGGGUUGGACCUAGUUUCCAAGUUCUGUUUCUGUUCACCCAGGUGAUUUGACAAAGCCUGCUUGUUACCUGGACUCACUGCAAUGUGGAAUUUCUUUGCUUAUGACUGCCAUUGAGGGGCAUUUAGGUCAAGUGCUUGAAGCUUUGUCAUCCGUCAACCUGAAGUCUGCAAAAUAUUUUAAUGCUAUUGUCCAAUAUUGCUCAGUUUUAUUGCUUUCGUUUAGGAACUGACCCUGUCAUUUUAUUAAAUGAAUGUCUGAAAGAUGACUAUGUACUACCAUAGAGCAACAUGUCUCUCUUUUGAAACAAAAAAAAGCAUGAAUUGAUCAAUUAUUGUGGAGCUGCUUACAGAAUAUUAAUAGAAUAAUUUAUUUUAGAUGUCAGGAUUCCAGUUAAAUUUUAAUGCUUGCAUUCAGGUUAUGUUUUAUGGUAAUGCACGCAUGUUGCUAAAGAACUAGGUUGGUGUGAGUGAUUUGAAACUAUGUAUUGUGUUUCGUGAGAAUGUGUGUUCAUGCAAGAAUUUGUAGGGACAAUGUCUCAAAAAUUGCAUGCAAAAUUGAGAUAUGGGCCCCCCAACAAAACAUUUUGGGACCAUGAUUAGAACUAAUUUAGUGUCAAAUUAGUUUUUAAUUAAUCUAAAUAUUUAAGUAUUUUGUGCAUUUGGGUGGAUGGAGUUCUAGGGGGAUUCUCACAGGGUUAUGGUUAAUCGCUCGUUUGGCAAUAUUUUUUUAAUUCAAUUCUGACUUCACUUCUGAAAGUCUCAUCAGUUAAACUAAUUCCCUGUAAUAGUGUGGAUGCCAGCAUGCACUUGCAGAUAAGGUAUUAAUUGUUUUGCUACUGUGGUUGGACAUUUUAACCACAAUGUUUUAUACUUACAGAAUAUAUCAUGAACUGGUGUCAGUACAGUAUUAGGUUGAGGUUUAUAGUGGGAUAGGGAUGGAUUUAAGGGAGAGUUUUAGUGUUUAGAGUAGAUGCUGAGAGUUGACCAGUCACUCAAAGCACUGCCUGAUCUUCAAUGGUUGCGUUCCAGGCUGACUACUUUGCAGAUGCAUUGCACAAUGCCAAGAUGGGUGUUUUAAUAUAUUCGCUAACCACAUCGUAUGAUAUUGCAAUCUGAUGCCAAACUGCACAUUUUGACAAAGCAUGCAACCAUUUGUUGAUGUAAUGCAACGCCUUUGACAUAGUCGGCCUGUCUCUCACAGCUAUAUGAAAAUGCAGAGCACUGACAACUCUUAAUACCUGGUUUAUUGACUAAAUUUAUCAUUUUUAUUCAUACUGUUUUAUGCUGUUUUCUAUUUAAUUCUUUUUAUUUGGUUUGUUAAAGAAAUGAAUGGGUCCAAAAGAUGGAAAAAUGUUUUUGACAUCCUAAAAUAAUUGUACUACCUGUCAGCAUUGUCUUUUGAAACCAUCUUUGAAAAUUGUAACACCAAAAAUGUGCUAAUAUGUACUGUGUAUAUUUGUGAGAAGUAUAUAAAUAAUAAUAUAAUGGACAUAAUGGGAUGUAAGGAAUGCUGUUGUAUUUCACACAGUAUGUGAACCACUACAUUGACUCAACUAAUUAUGACCUGUAUUUUUUUUGUUUUUUUGCUCUUGAAGCCUUAUGAACAUGUAUGUUGGUUAGACUCAGAUUCAAUAUGCUAUUUUAUUGGCGAUUUUCCCCCCCCAUAGACAUUCAUCUGUGUGGAGGGUCUUAGUCUGGGUGGUUAUGAAUAUCUGUGUGUGUGUGUGUGUGUGUGUGUGUGUGUGUGUUGUCCUGGAGGUUUAUAACAAUAAAGAAGUUGAGGAAAAGUGUCCCUCUGAGAAUUUGUUAAUUAUCAUUCAAACGCUCUUCUGCUGAAGAUAUGCCCACUCCAAAAAUGUGAAAACAUUCAGACAAAUUCUUAUAUAGCCCUGCUGCAUGCCCCUCCCCACUGCACUCAUUUGACUGACACGAGAAUCUAAUGCAUUGUUUUGCUGUU